UUCACCAUCUACUCAUAUAAAAUUUUUCUACAAACUUUUUUACUUUUGAAAAGGAUAGCAUAGGUAGACCAAGUCCAAGAUGAAGUUAAACAUUUCUUACCCAGCUAACGGUACCCAAAAGUCUAUCGACAUCGAUGACGAACACAAAUUACGUGUUUUCUACGAAAAGCGUAUGGGCCAAGAAGUCGAAGGUGACUCUGUUGGUGAUGAAUUCAAGGGUUACAUCUUCAAGAUCACUGGUGGUAACGACAAGCAAGGUUUCCCAAUGAAGCAAGGUGUCAUGCACCCUACCAGAGUCAAGUUGUUGUUGGCCAAGGGUCACUCUUGUUACAGACCAAGAAGAACCGGUGAAAGAAAGAGAAAGUCCGUCAGAGGUUGUAUCGUCGGCCAAGACUUGUCUGUCCUCGCUCUUUCCAUUGUCAAGCAAGGUGAACAAGACAUUGCUGGUUUGACUGACUCCACCACUCCAAAGAGAUUGGGUCCAAAGAGAGCCAACCACAUCAGAAAGUUCUUCGGUUUGACCAAGGAAGAUGACGUUAGACAAUUCGUUGUUAGACGUGAAGUUACCAAGGGUGACAAGACCUACACCAAGGCUCCAAAGAUCCAACGUUUGGUUACUCCACAAACCUUGCAAAGAAAGAGAGCUUUGAAGGCCCAAAAGAUCAAGAACGCUCAACAACAAAGAGACGCUGCUGCUGAAUACGCUCAAUUGUUGGCCCAAAGAUUGCAAGAACGUAAGUCUGAGAAGGCUGAAAUCAAGAAGAAGAGAGCCUCUUCCUUGAAGGCUUAAGUUAUAAGAUUCUAGAUUAUAGCUGUCCUGUAUAUUUUCGGGUUUCAGUAUAUUUUCAUCACCCAUAACUAAGAACCCUAAUACUAAACAUACUGUUGUCAUAUUUUGUAGUUUAGAUACUUCGGCUUGAAUCUGUCUCUUCGUUUGUGUAUUUAAUAAAUCUAUCGGUUA